AUGGCCUCGAACUCAACAUCAACGCCUGCCCUGACGAGACUGGACCCAAGCAAAGGCCAUGCGUUCGAGACGCCCAAAAAGUGCAUCAAUGACGGCGAUGAUGUCACGUUCUUCUUGGCAUCAAAGGCCUAUGCCGACAUAAUGACUUUUAUAUUCCAACUGAACACGUCUAUGAUCCCGAGGAAGACCAAGAGUGAAGAGCAGGACACAGAGUCGGUGAAAGAAUGGACAUUACAGGACCCAGACGUGUCACACCCACCUGUGGUGCAGAACCUUGCCAAGCUCCUCGAGGCAUUGACAGCUAUCAUCGACGAAGCACCGCCAGACACCGGCCCACGUCGAUUUGGCAACGUGAGUUUCAGGAAGUGGUAUGACAUUGUGCGUGAGCGAGCCUCGGAUCUCCUCGAUCAGUAUUUGCCGCCAGAGGUGCUGGCCCACCAGUCUUCGUCCUCAGCCUCAGCCAAAAACGAGCUGGAAGCCUACUUCAUCGGCAGCUUCGGCAGCGCGCAGCGUCUGGAUUACGGCACAGGCCACGAACUCAGCUUCCUCGCAUUCCUAGGCAGUCUCUGGAAACUCGGCGCCUUCCCCGCAUCCCAAGACGGCGAUCAAGAGCGAGGGAUAGUGCUCCGUGUAAUCGAACCAUACCUCGUGCUAAUCCGCCGUCUGAUACUCACCUACACCCUCGAACCAGCCGGUUCACAUGGAGUAUGGGGUCUGGACGACCAUUCCUUCGUGUCGUAUAUUUUCGGCAGCGCCCAGUUCUCCCCGCCAAUCUCGACACCCGCAGACAUCGCGACCGAGGGCUCCCUCGCCAACGCACCGAACCCAGCCGAUGUCGCCAAGGCCGCAGCCGUUCAGCGCGAACGAGGGCGGAACAUGUACUUCAGUGCCAUAGGCUUCAUCUACGACGUCAAAAAGGGACCCUUCUGGGAGCACAGUCCGAUUCUGUACGACGUAUCCGGGGUGAAGGCCGGAUGGGCCAAGAUCAAUAAGGGUAUGAUAAAAAUGUACCACGCAGAAGUCCUCUCCAAGUUCCCCGUGGUGCAGCACUUCCCCUUUGGCUCGCUCUUCGCCUGGAGCGCCGAUCCAAACGCCCCCGCAAUCCAAGCCAGCGUGCACACGUCGUCGCAGCCCAAGGCAGUCACGCCGUCUAACUCGGCGCCCACGGCACGCCAAACGGGGCCUCCGCCCCCGCCACAGCAGCAACAGCCGCUGAGAGAUCCGCUGGCGGAGUCGAGGGAAGGGAUUACUCAGAUGCAGAUGCCGAUGACAGCGGCGCCAUGGGCGAGAGUGUCAGGGCCAAAUGUACCAGCGGGGCCAAACCAGCCCACGAGAGCGCCAUGGGCGGCGAGUACACGGGCACCGCCGCUACCGCCACCUGGGGCGGGGACGACGAGGAUGCUACCUCCCGGUGUAGGGACUGCGGCGCCUUGGGCUGGGUCUGGAACUGGUGCUGGAAGUUUGGGGCAAGGGGGGGGAGCAGAGCACGAGGGCGCCGUGGGCGGGUAG